AUUUCCUUUAACUCCCCCAUUUCUCUCUCUGUAAUAGGCCAUUCCUUCAAUUACCAAAAACCUCUUUAAAUCCCGAGUGCGCGAUUCAAACGGCGCCGAAUAAUUCAAUUCAAUUCAAUGUCGAAAUGGACGAGGGAGGAGGACAAGCUAUUCGAACACGCCCUGGUUCUGUACCCUGAAAAUAUCGCCGAUCGGUGGCAAUUAAUCGCCGAUCAUGUACCCGGAAAAACAACCGAGGAUAUAAUCGCUCAUUACGAUGACCUCGUUCACGAUCUAUUGGAAAUUGAUUCGGGUCGGAUCGAACUCCCGACCUAUACGGAUGAUCCGGUUGAAUCAAACAAGAAGAACACUGAAAUUGAGAGGAAGAAGGGUACCCCUUGGACUGAAGAAGAACACCGGUUAUUCCUUAUUGGGCUGGAGAAAUACGGGAAGGGUGACUGGAGAAGCAUUUCAAGAAACGUAGUGGUAACAAGGACGCCAACACAAGUGGCAAGUCAUGCUCAAAAAUACUUCAUUAGACAGCAGGCAAUGAAGAAAGAACGAAAAAGGUCAAGCAUCCAUGAUAUUACAACUGCAGUGGAUACCAACCCAGUACCUCCUCAAAGCAGCUUUCAAAAUCAAAGAGGUAACUUUACCAUGUAGAGGUAAAAAGUAGGAAACAGAACACUCACACCUGUAAAUAGAAGGAUCGCCAGCUACCAAAAUUUCGAACUUGUAAAGUUUUAUUUUCUCUAGUUGACAGUUGAUUUUAGUUAGUGAAUCCAGGAGCUUAAAGAAUGGAUUUUUUUUUUCGAUGCGAGCAGAAUGGGUGUACUUACAGGGAGAACAGUUAAUGAAAUUGUUGGCAAAUGGUUGAAGAACAGAAUGCUGUUCAAUUUUUUUAUUUUUUA